ACCCCUGCCAGAACCAGCCGCCUGACCAAAGUGCAGAUCUGCUCAAUUCAAAGAGGAAUCAAGAUGUGCAUUAAAAACUUACAGAAAGAAGUGGUGAUUCACCAAAUGUCUGUGAAGAGACAGAAGGUGGGGAAGCUGCCUCCUCGAGCGGAUAUGAAAGCCUGCCUUACCCGGGCAAAGCAGAGGAUCCCCGAGCUGUUGGACAAUCUGGAGGAGGACUACAACAACAGAGAACGCUUCCUCCUUUAUGGCUACCUCACAGCCUAUUGGAGCUGCCUCUAUGGACACCGGCCCGGCGUGUACGCCAACCUAACAGACGGCGAGGUCCUGGAGGCAGAGAAGUUGGGGGGAGAGGAUGGCUUCCUCCUUUAUGUGAAAGAGCACAAAACAGUCAAAACGUUUGGAGAAGCCCAGAUGUUUCUGACCACUGAGGAGUUUGGCUGGAUCCAGAGGUGGAUGGCCAUAAAAGCCUCAGUAAAGGAGAAGAACUCUUUUGUGCUCUUCACUAAGGGCAGGGGGCCAUCUAAAAACCUAAACACGUACUUGCGGCUGGCCUGGCGGGAGAUGGGGCUCCAGGGGGAAAUUAAUUUUACCCUCCUUAGAACAGCCAUUGCCACCUAUGCCAAGCAGUCCAGCAACCCAGCUGACCGUAAGAAAGUGGCUGAGUACAUGUGCCACGACGUCAGGACGGCCGAUAAAUUCUACGCACGAAACCCGGACGUCACAGAGGCUGCUGCAAUCCGGGGCAUCUUUUCGAGCAGCCUGGGGGAGAUGCCCAGCACUUCGGGGGCCUGUAGGAAGAGGAAGAGGCAGGCAGAAGAGAGUGAGGAGGAGGAGAUGGAGGAGCAGCACUGGAGGAUUGAGGCUGACCAGGGCGGCUGCCCGUGCCAGGUGCUCGGUUAG